GUGGCGUGGGGGGGGCUGGGGGGCUAUGGUGGUCUUUGUGGUGCAUUCGGCAGCUGGCGCAGGGCGGCUCACGCACACGGCGGGCGGCUCUUCCCCGACACCCCACGCUCCGGCAGCAUCCGCAGACAACCGGCAGCGGCCACCGCCUGCCCACGCCUCGAGCUCCCCACUGCCACGGUCCCUGCCAGCCCAUGAAGUGAUUUGGGUGGGUGGCACAGCCUCUGCUCCUGCCGUAGCCGCCGCCGCCGCCGCAGCCGGGCACCGAGGUCUGCUGGCCAUGGGCAACCUGAUAAAGGUAUUGGGCAAAGAUUUAGAAAACUGUCCUCAUUUUUUCCUGGAUUUUGAAAAUGCGCAGCCGACGGAGGCCGAGACGGCGGUGUGGAACCAGGUGAACGCCGUGCUGGAGGAGGCGCAGGCCAUCCUGGCCGAGCUGCAGUCGUACACGGGUGCCGGGCAGGAGAUCCGAGAGGCGAUCCAAAACCCCGGGGACCUGCGGCUGCAGGAGAGGGCCUGGAGCGCCGUCUGCCCCCUCGUCGCCAAGCUGAAGCGCUUCUAUGAGUUUUCCCUGCGGCUGGAGAACGCCCUGCGGAGCCUGCUGGAGGCCCUCACCAGCCCCCCGUACGCUCCGACCCAGCACCUCGAGCGGGAGCAAGCCUUGGCCAAGCAGUUUGCCGAGAUCCUCCACUUCACCCUCAGCUUCGAUGAGCUCAAGAUGACCAACCCCGCCAUCCAGAACGACUUCAGUUACUACAGAAGGACCAUCAGCCGAAAUCGCAUUAACAACCUGCAGCUGGACGCGGAGAGCGAGGUGAACAACGAGAUGGCCAACAGGAUGUCCCUCUUCUACGCCGAGGCCACCCCCAUGCUCAAAACACUCAGCAAUGCCACCACCAAAUUCGUUUCGGAGAACAAGACCCUUCCGAUCGAGGACACAACCGACUGCCUGAGCACCAUGGCGUGUGUCUGCAGGGUGAUGCUGGAGACCCCGGAGUACCGAAGCCGUUUCACCAACACCGAGACCCUCCUCUUCUGCAUGCGGGUGAUGGUCGGCGUCAUCAUCCUCUACGACCACGUCCACCCCGUGGGGGCCUUCGCGAAGACCUCCAAGAUCGACAUGAAAGGCUGCAUCAAAGUCUUGAAAGACCAACCCUCAACCAGCACUGAGGGGCUCCUGAAUGCUCUGAGGUACACCACUCGGCACCUCAAUGACGACACCACGUCCAAACAGAUCCGGGCCCUGCUGCAGUGAGCGCGGGGCAGCCGCCGGAGCCAGCCCCGACCCCGCACACGUCACCGUGUCACCUACGCCCAUGACCAUACCGCUCAUUUUGUACAGAAGGAAAAGGGACAAUAAGAAAUACACCGAAAUACAAAAAAAAAAUCAAAACGGCCCAAGGCCACCCCCCAUGCGCUCCUGACCCCUUCCCACCUCCAUCCCCCCCCUAAAUCAGCACCCAUUUACUGGACACAAGGUGCAGGUGGCACCACGGGGACACUGCACCGGGGUGCUGGGGCUAGGCAGGAUAGACCCGGGCAGGGAUGUGCCGAUGGGGCCGACGGCAGCGAGCGUCCGCGGCACGGGGGGCACCUUGGGGAGGGGGGAAAGGGGCAGGUGCCGCCCCCGUCCCCAUCCUCGUCCCCGAGCAUCCAGCUGCGGAGGAGGAGGAAUAAACAUCCCUGCGGAUCUGCACUGACUCUGGUGGAAACGGCUCAGUCUCACCUGGUAGAUUUUUAAUAUGAGCAAUUAAAUCUCCACUCACCUCUU